AUGCCCGCUGUCGCCAGUGUCGCGCUGAUCGUCGCCACGGCCGCCGGAGGGGCCGCGUACCCCACCGGGUGCGACGUCGUUGACUACGAAGACAUCACAAAUCACAGGAAGAAGUGCAAAGACGUCCCGGUCGACGGGCGGGCGUGCAAGGUCUUCAUCUCCAAAGCGAACAAAAUCCAGUACUGCGGGCUGCCGGGCACGACGGGACGGCCGUGGGCCGAGUGCGGCCACUACACACCCCAAUGGUGGGGCGUCGACCUCGGGAGCGAGAUGUAUGUGGGCUACGUGCGGCUGCAGAACCGCAACGACUGCUGCCCGGAGCGGCUGACGGACGUCGACAUCUAUCUCGGCCCGACGGCGGGGACGUUCACGGGCAACGCGCUGGUGAAGUCAGACGUGAGCGUGUUGUCGAACGUGAUGUUGGAGGUGGAGAUCAACGCGUUGGGGCGCUACAUCUACGUCAACCGGCCGUCUGCGACGGGGCUGACGGUGUGCAAGUUCUACGUCUUCGCCUCGUGA